AUGGCUGCAGCUCAACAGACUUGUCCUGGCAGCGAACUAGAAGCCCUGUUCCCCUCCCCAUCUUUCCCACCGAGCGCACUUUCGCCUCCGCGGUAUCCUGGUAUCUCCCCAGAAGCAGUUACAGCUUUGACAUAUGUCUUGAAGGAUAACCAUACGAAGUACCACACUUUCUGCAACUACCAGCGGUUUCAUAACCAUAUCACUCAUCGCGCGCUGGCACUUUAUGCCACGGGCGCGAGUGGAUCUCUGAUCGAACAAUUCUACAAACAGGACAGCACCAAUCAGCGCCCAGCCAUCGAGCCUCCUGAGGCUAUCACCGAAGAGAAUUUCAUCGAACAUCUAGGUGACGACAACUUUUACGCCGCAUACCGAACCUUCUUCAGCAAGGUUAUCAAGGAAAAGGGCCUUAGCGCCACCCUAGAGGAAUACAUCUUCUCUAAGAAAUACAACUUUAUGGAGGGACGAGAUGCAUCCACCCAGCCAGUAAUGUUGGCUCGCUUCCUUGGAGCUUUGUUCCAUGCCUUCAUCCAAGUAGGAUAUGGUGCAGAAUUUGGCAUCUUGGGCAUGGUCGUCGAAGGUCUUGCAUUGACCAGCGUGCAUGGGCACGAGUUCUUGCCUUCGUAUUUUUUCGAGGCUAGCGGCACGACUGCAGUGGAGAGGGCAACAACUCACCUUGCCUCGCUUGUCCUCAACACACAGAGAUCUAUUACCCCCUUUCAGCCCGAACGACCACAAAAAAAUCAUGCGUUCUCCAUUCUUGCAAAGAUCAUGCAAGAUUCGACAUUCGCACCGAAGGAAAUCAAGAAACAUUUCAUAGAUUUUGACGGCAUGAUGUCCGAGCAUGGUGAUACUAUAUGGCGCUACGCCGAACAAUGGACGAUCGACCCGUCACAGCCAGGCGAAAUCGAACGUAAGUUAGAAGAAUGUAUUUGGACAAGCACUAUCCUCUACAGUAUCGGCGGAUGGAGCAAAGACAGAGGCUUAACAGCAGACUUUUUCUUCAUGCAUAUCGUCACCUCAAGUCUCUUCCUUCCAUCCCUGUUGCCUUACCUGCCACAAGACUCGCAAGUUCUUUUGCUUCGCGGAUACUUUGCGUCGACUCUUAGGUGUUGGAUCACAUGCGGCUUCCCCAGACUGGAUAUCCAAGGCUUCCUCAGUGCAACCUCGCAUCUUUCGUCGAAGGUCAAGGUCGCUAACCCAUUCCUCCAUAUCGUUCAAUCGGCGAUGACGCACCCAAACAAUCACAUGUUGAAGAUUCAGCGCGCACUUGCGCAUUUCUCUUCGCUUUAUGGCGCACGGCCCAAAGGCUCGUUUGGAGGCACGGAACUGGAAGGUGCAGAAGAGCUGGAUGGAUCGCUCUUCAUUAGGACCGCGAGAUUGACUGAGGAGUAUAUGAGCCAGGGAACGAGGACCUGGAGCCUAGAAGGGUUUCCUCCGAGGGCUUAG